CCCCCUCCUUUGUAAAGCAAUGCUAAUGCAAGUGCUGGUAGAUUUUGCCCCUUACAUUUUUUUGAGGGGUGUCAGCAUCCACCCCCAAAUGUGCUGUACAUCUUCUACAUAAGUCCCCCUAAUGUCCCAACCAAGCAGAGUCUUUCCUGCUAAUCCCCUUCCCCCAUCCUCUUUCCUAUAGCCAAAAUCCUUACACAUCCCAUUUCCUUCCUCCUUUUGUAUUUUUACCAUCCCUGUUUUUUUUUUUUUUUUCUCUCUCUACAGUGGGGGAGGGAGAUAUUAAAUGAAUAAACAGCAAUAAGAAAACCUGAGAGAGCAUAUAGGGGAAAACAAAGGGGGCUUCUACCCAUAAAAGCAUUGCAAUCUGUAAGGUCUGCUUAAAAUUAAUGGCAUUCUGAGACCACCACCCCCUCCUCUGUUUUCUCUUGCCCUUUCUCUCCUGUCUCUCAGUGUGACAGUCUCUGCCUUUUGGGACAUGAUGGCUGGGGGAUCUCUCCACCAAAAUGCUCCUUAUCCACCUUCACAGCAGCAGCAAACCCCACAGAUGGAGACGGAAGCCCCAGACUCCAGGAAAAGACCAUUAGAGACCCCAACGGAAGCUACCAGCACCAAGAGGUCCAACACAGCAGAUGAGGGUGAACUCUUCCUGAAGGUGUUGAUCCCCAGCUAUGCGGCCGGCUCCAUUAUCGGGAAGGGGGGGCAGACUAUUGUCCAGUUGCAGAGAGAGACGGGAGCCACUAUCAAGCUAUCUAAAUCCAAGGACUUUUACCCAGGAACGACAGAAAGAGUAUGUCUGGUUCAGGGAACAGCCGAGGCUCUGUUAUCUGUACACAGCUUCAUUGCAGAAAAGAUGCGGGAGGUACCUCAGGGAGCAGCAAAAAACGAUAUGGGGGUUCUCAUGCCCCCCCAGACCACUAUUAAUACGGAGCGAGCCAAGCAGGCCAAAUUGAUUGUUCCAAACACAACAGCUGGCCUGAUUAUUGGCAAGGGUGGCGCAACUGUACGGAGCAUCAUGGAAGAAUCGGGGGCCUGGGUUCAGCUUUCACAGAAGCCUGCAGGGCCCAAUCUCCAGGAACGGGUGGUGACAGUGAGUGGGGAAGCCAGUCAGGUCCAACACGCCCUGCGUAAUAUCAUCCACAAAGCUAAGGAGGACCCACCACAAGGGAAUGCACACCUGAACAUCAGCUACACUAACUCACAAGGCCCCGUGGCCAACUCCAAUCCCACUGGGUCGCCCUAUGCUGGUGGAACAGCAGAGCCAGCCCUUACUCCUUUUCCAACUGCACCACCAGCUCCACCAGCCAUCACCGGAGGAGACCUCCUGGCAAUCUCUACUGCCCUCAACACCUUGGCCAGCUAUGGUUACAGCACAGGCUUGGGCUUCAAUCCAUUAGUAGGGGGAGUCCACCCAGCUGCAGUAAGUCUGCUUGCAUCCUAUGCGGGAGAGGCAGCUCCAGCAAUGGGGCUGGGUGGUGGUGGAAUCCUGGUGGAAAAACUGGCAGCAGAGAGUGUGGCAGGCAAGGAGACAUUAGAGAUGGCUGUUCCAGAAACUUUGGUAGGCGCAAUCUUGGGCAAGGGUGGGAAAACAUUGGUUGAAUACCAAGAGCUAACAGGAGCUCGCAUCCAAAUCUCAAAGAAGGGAGAAUUUGUGCCGGGAACAAGAAGCCGGAAGGUGACCAUCACAGGACCUCCAGGCGCCACACAGGCAGCACAAUAUUUGAUUGGUCAGAGGGUGGCUUAUGAGCAGGGGGUGAGGUCCAGCAACCCACAAAAGGUGGGUUAAUUUGAAUGGAGGGUAGGGGAGAAAGUUUGGUGAAUGUGGGAGAAAGAAGGGAAUAAAGAGGGGAAGGAGUUUGGCACCUGUUGGAAUGGAAAGAGAGGUGGGAGCCAGGGUUGUACGAAGGGAAGGUUGUUCGUAUAGAGGCUAUGAGCAAAACAUUAAGUCUACUACCUCUAGAACAACAGGGGGCAAGAAUCACAACGCUUGGCACCUCUAGUACUGGAUUGGGAGGCAGAUAGGUGGCUACAACUAGGCCUAGCUGAGGGAGGAAGAGAGGACCUAGUUCUUCUUAUGGACAAAGGUAAAUGUGUUAUUUUUACCCUAAAAAAUGUGAAAAUUCAGAUUUUUAUCGCAAAACAUAUUAGAAAAAAAAAAAGCAAUAAAAGCAUAUUUUGCACUGGACCAACACUCCCCAUACAGGGUAAUAUCGUAACUAAAAGGUCAGAGGAAUCUCCUCGUCCUUAGUGCUCAUUAACCUUGCAAAGUGAGAAAAACAGAAGUGACUGGUUAGUCACAAGAACUGCAGGAUGAGACAAAGGGAAACUGGUCCUCUAAAUCAAGGUGGCAAAACGUCUCAAAGUAGGCCUGGUACCUAGCUCCUAUAACAUCACCAGUGACAUCAUACAUCAUCAUACGCCUCUCAUUAUUUAAUUUUCCUUAAAUCCAUACAAUUGUGCCAAACACUACCUUUCCCUAAGAACCAGUGCCAAAUGCAUGUUCUCCCCUCCUCCAUUUCAAUAAGAAUAGUUCUGCAUUUCACAUUACCAUGCUAGAUAGGAUGCAUCUAGAGCUACUGUGAAACAUUUUGCUUCCUUGUAGCUGCUUAAUGCCAUAAAAAAAAAAAUUAAAAAAAUAACGUUUUGGGGUCCAGUAAAUAUGCAGAUUUCAUGCAGAAUGUUAUCGGACGGAGGUCGAGUUUUCAUUCAGAGUUGAAAUUAGCCAAAAUGUCUCGCAAGUUAGAAUUUAGUUGUGUAAAAAAAACAAAAAACAAAACUGCAGUAUCUGGGCUAACGUGCAGCAUAAAUCUGAGAAAAUACAUUUUUUAGGCGAUAUAUAGCAUAUCUGUGGGAAUAUAUGGGGCGUGUUAGGGUAUCUUUUGAGUUGAAUAGUAUUCUGUGCACAUAAAGGGAGGUACGCAGGAAUAGCGACAUCAUUUGGAGAAUACAUGAGGGCAUGGCUAUUACUGCAUAAAAUCUCUACCCCACACAUACACCUUUGUAUAACACCAGAGCACCCCGUCUAUACUGACUGUGCCAAACACUGCCUGGGUUACGGAGGUGAUUGUGUGUAGAUUCCUAAAAUGUCUCUGUAUAGAUAAAUGAAACUGUAUUUAUAUUAUAUAUACAUAAUUAUGUGUGUGUCUUUUUCUGGGAAUGAUUUUAUAUGGGGGUGGGAGGGGACAAGAACUAUAAGCUGCCAAGUAAUUUAGGUAUUUUAGUUAUGUCUCUGGGCAACAUGUGUUGUCCAAUAUAAACAUGUCUCAAGGAGAAUGUGAAGAGCCAGGUAAUUUAUUUAUUGAUAGUCCUCUUACAAAAAAAAAAGGGAAAAAAAAAAAAAACAUGAAGAGGACUAUAAAAUAUCUCAGAGUAUACUGAAUUAAACAAUGAUUUAAGUGAGAAUGCAGUGAUCUAAUCCUGAGUGCAUACAAACUAAUGUAUCACUGUGUGCAGUAAAAUUGCAUAAUCCUAACAAUGUGUGCAGUAAACUGGACUAACACUAAGCCAGUGUUCAGUAAAAUUAAAUUGGACUACUUUAA